UAAAUUGUUAAUUAAGAUCUAUUGCACUUUAGGUUUUAUAAAAUCAACAAGGUGAUUACUGUUCAGUUAUGCUGUGUUGGACAAACUAACAAAACGACAAAUGUUGCUCCAACUUCAGUGAACAGAUGUGGGCAGUGAGUUUACAUAACCCUUGCAGAAACAGCAAGUUUUAAUAAUUUAAAAAAAAAAAAAAAAAGGGGAGGGGGGGGUGUACUGCCUUAAAUAAGCUAUUUUACAUAACAGAUGUUUGAAUAUUGUACACAAGGAUAAAUAACCAAAUAACUGAAUUGAGUCUCACAACUGUGAAAAACCUGAUUUCAGUUAUUUAUAGUCAUUGUUUGAAAGGGAUCAAAUAUGCAGAAGAUGCUGGAAAAACAAUGAAAAUGGGACCAGGAGGAUUUUCCUGAAGAACAUGGAUGAAAACCACAAUAAUCCAAGUAAUCCACACCACUCCAGUCCAUCAAUUAACGUCUUUUGAAGAGAAAAGUUGCAUGUUUGUAAGAAGAAAAUUCAUCAAGACAUUUUUAACUUUAAACCAUCGCUUAUGACUAAAAUAUGAGAAGCUCUAUCCAUAAUAUUGCUUUCUCCAGCAAAAAAAAAAAAAAAAGUCACCUCAUCUGGAUCAGUGGAGGAAGUGUUACUGUGAAUUAUGGACUGGAUUGGUUUGGAUUACUUGUGAUGUUUUUAAUCAGCUGUUUGGACUCUUUUCUGAGGCACUCAUUCACUGCAGAGGAUCCGUUGGUGAGCAAGUGAUGCCAUGCUGCAUUUCUCCAAAUCUGAUAAAGAAACAAACUCGUACAUCUUGGAUGAGUACAUUUUCAGCAAAUUUUCAUUUUUGGGUGACAAUCAUUGGAUCACUUGAUACUCUACAUAGGGGACCACAUGCACAGAAUAAAUAUUUUGAAAACUCGAGGCUAAAAAAGUUGCAGGCGCACGCAGAAGAAAUGAAUUCAGGUUUAUUGAGCCACAUUUCUUCUCAUGUAAAGACCAAUGUAUACCUGAAUUAAUUUCAUAUAUAUAUAUAUAUAUAUAUUAGUUUUUUAUAAUGUCAAAAUGUACCAAGAAGCAUGAUAUUAAUUUUUGGUGCAAUAUGGUUUUGACAUAAAAAUGCAAUGACGUUUCUGCCGUGUCUAUAAGAAAUUAAUGACUUAAAUAAUUUAUGAAUUUGCUAGUUUCGUUUAUCUAAAUUUAUUUACAUCGCAUUCAGGAUAUACAUUUUGUAUACACUGGAAUCGAACUGUUUGUUAGCGCCAUGCUUGUUUGAGAAAUGAAAAAUGUUUGUCUAAGUCAGUCAGCAUAUGCCUAUUUGUGAUGUUUGGCGCGUGCGCUCUCAAAGCCGUUAUCAAACAGCCAUGUUGAGUCUCUGAGACAGAAAUGACUCAAUAUCCCACUGAAAUAAGGAUAAAUAUCUCCACGACGGGCUGAACAUUAGCGCGUCAACACGGCUGUCAUCGAGAAGGUAAAUGCGUCUGCAUGCAGUGAAAUUUGUGUAAAGCUGUAGUAAAGAAGGCUGGUGUUGAGAUGAGGAAGCCGGUACUGCUCAGGGGUUGUGUGGAGAACUCAUCCCAUUUAUUACACUGUGGUUUCAUAAGUGUGUUUGCAUCACUGCUGUAACAUGAUAUGAUCACUGAGUAUUUGAUGCUAGUAAAUGCUUCAUUAGUUAGCAGGUGCUGUGUGCUAAAUAGCCUGCAUCAUAUAUUUUAACCAAUGGUAUAUUACUUAGAAAAAUCUUAAUAUAAUGGCUUGCAGGUUUAACAUCUAAUCACUUGCAGAAUGUGAAUUAUAAUUAAAAUGGUGUCACUCAAAAAAAAUAUAUAUAUAUAUUUUUUUUUUUUUUCUGUUAAAAUGCUAAGUUAAAAAAAAAAAAAUGUUUGCAUUAGUAAGAAUUCUUGGUAUGCCUAAUGGAUGGAGUUCAUCCCAAUGUUUUGUAUCUAAAAUGCAAUUUCUAUUUUUAUUUUUUUAAUUAUUUGCUGAUAUCAGUGACUGAAUUUUCAGUUUUCUAUAAUUGACUCAAAAAGAAAUUACUGAUAUUUUUAAUUACUUGAAAUGUGACUAGCCAUGCAUCCAGGUUUUUGCCCUGCGUACGGCCUGAGAUGCUGGGAUAGGCCUCAGCAUCCAUGUGACCCGACACUGGACAAGCAGUUUGCAAAAUGGAUUUCAAGUUCUUACCAGUAACAUUAAAAACCUAUGAAAAUCUAAAGAGGUUGAUGAUUGCAUGGAAAUGUAUCCCAGUUCCCUUCCUGGACCAUUGUGAGAAGAGGCAUGCUUGCGGUUUAAAGGCAGUGGUUAGGAUUCUCCAUUAACUUCAGUUCGGGGAACAGACACAGUCUCUAUAGUGUGAUAUCUAGGUGAAGGAGUCUCUAUGUGCCAUCCGGAGGCGCUUCCAUCUUCUAUGGCCCCUUCCCUGUAGCCAGCACUUUCUGCAAAACUGUUCUCAUCCGAUUUUUAAUUCGCAGUACAGUAAACACAGUGCUGAGCUGUGUGUCAUGUCAGGACCUGUGGCGAGUCGUGCCAGAGUCUACCCAGAGGUCAACACACAACGGCCCAGAGAAUACUGGGAUUAUGAAUCGCAUGUUAUUGAGUGGGGCAAUCAAGAUGAUUUUCAACUGGUCCGCAAGUUAGGCAGAGGAAAGUACAGCGAAGUGUUUGAAGCAAUCAACAUUACAAACAAUGAGAAAGUAGUGGUUAAAAUACUAAAGCCUGUGAAGAAGAAGAAGAUAAAGCGUGAAAUAAAGAUUCUUGAGAACAUUCGUGGAGGUCCAAAUAUCAUUACCCUCCUGGAUAUCGUCAAAGACCCAGUGUCCAGAACACCUGCCUUAGUUUUUGAACAUGUGAACAACACAGACUUUAAGCAACUGUAUCAGACACUGACAGACUAUGACAUUCGCUUCUACAUGUAUGAGAUUCUGAAGGCUUUGGAUUUCUGUCACAGUAUGGGUAUUAUGCACAGAGAUGUCAAACCACACAACAUCAUGAUUGACCAUGAGCACAGAAAGGUAUUGCGUCUCAUUGACUGGGGACUGGCUGAAUUCUAUCACCCAGGACAGGAGUACAACAUCAGAGUGGCCUCUCGCUACUUUAAAGGACCAGAACUACUGAUAGAUUACCAGAUGUAUGACUACAGUCUUGAUAUGUGGAGUCUUGGUUGUAUGCUGGCCAGUAUGAUCUUUAGGAAGGAGCCAUUCUUCCAUGGACAUGAUAACUAUGACCAGUUGGUGAGAAUAGCUAAAGUUCUUGGAACAGAAGAUCUUUAUGAUUGCAUUGAUAAAUACAACAUUGAGCUGGAGCCUCGAUUUAAUGACAUUCUGGGAAGACAUUCCCGUAAGCGAUGGGAGCGGUUCGUUCACAGUGAAAACCAGCACUUGGUCAGUCCUGAAGCUCUUGACUUUCUGGACAAGUUGUUGCGUUACGACCAUCAGACCAGACUGACUGCAAGAGAGGCCAUGGAGCACCCCUACUUCUUCCCUGUUGUGAAAGAUCAGACUCGCAUCGCAGGAUCAACUAUUGUGCCAACAACUAACACUGCAGUGAGCACUGCGACUAUGAUAACAGGAAUAGCGGCGCUUCCAGCCUCCACAGCUCUAGGGCCCCUGACGGGUUCCCCCAUUCUCAUGGCCCCCAGCAGCCUAAACACUCCAGUGCCUGCAGCCACGGGGGCCGCUCAGUGACGUCACCGUACCUGUCACACCAAACCUGCUGAGGAUCUCUGGGACUGUUGUUAGAUAGAGCUCCUCAGCACCACCCCUCAGUUUAUCCCGCAGGCAGUGCAGCAUGAGUUUAUCUGAAACUGCAUGCACUUCAUCAUGAGAUGUUCACCUUCAUGCAUUUACCUCAGGCAGAAGUGCGCUGGAUGUGUUUGAGAGCUUAUUCACAGAAAGAGAAUCAUCCUGUGUGAUAUUACAUACAUUGUCCUGCCAUUAAACAGCUUAGCUUUACUUGAAAACAGAUGGACUACUUCUUGGAGCAAGUGAAGCACGUGGUAGCACAGUAUUUCUGUCAGCAGUCAAUGAGCAAAUCCUCUCUCAAGUGUGAAAUGAUACUGCCGUAGUUCAGAGUGUGUAUUGGUGCUGUUUACUGUAGCUCACAUCAGGUCACACCAAUCGCCUUGACUCAACACACAGCAGUGUCUUCAGCUCCUCUCACUGUGGACGUCCCGUAUAAAUGGCAAUGCUGUGGCAUAUUUUAUUUAUUUAUUUAUUUUUUAUAAAUACAGCAGUCCAUAAUUUCUGUAUACUCAUAAUCCAGUAAUAAAGAAUCAUUGCUUAUCCAGUCUUUGUAUUCAGUUCAUUUGACUGAACCAAAAUUAACAGUGUGGCU